UCCGGAAGAAAACCGCGGUGCAAGAAACCAGCAAAUCCAGGAUCAACCCAAAAAGCUUCCGUGCGGCCACAUCUUCCACUUUCACUGUCUUCGUAGUUGGUUAGAGCGACAGCAAAGCUGUCCCACAUGUCGCCGUUCGGUUUUAUCCAACAGUAGGUAUCAAGAAUGAUAUCGUUCUCAUGUAUAAGCUUUCUCACAGUUCUGUAUUAGAUACACCGAGUCCUCCCCCUACUACACAACCUGCCCCCAACAAUGGUAGUGCACAAGCAGCGACGAAUGCCAAUCCAACGUCCAACACCCAUUCCUAUCCCCACCACUCACCUUAUCAGCAGCAACCGCACUCAACCAAUUCAGCAACAGGAGCUGCAGGCGACUAUUCAGCCUAUGGAGCCAGCACAUCUUCAUCGUUUUACGGCGGUCCCACCGGGGAACAGUGGCAGAGUUUCACUUCUCAAGCCCCUUUUGCUGACGCCAACUUGAGCCGGACAUCUUCUGCGACCUACUUGCCCGGAAUCAUUCCGCUGGUGCCCAUGACCGCCAAUCCUUCGCAACUGCAGGACGUACCUUCGUCGGCCGAUAUUGUUCCUGUGACUUUAACGGAUGAGCAGUUGCAAAGCCUUUCCACCGUCACCCGUGAUGCAAUCGAACAUCGCUUGCGUAUCUUGGAGCAAGUACAAAACCAGAUUUUCCAAACAAUGCAGACGCUUGCCACGGUACUUAGCGUCGUGCCCGGUCCAGGGGUCGGUUCCAGCACAACUUCCGAAGGAGCCAACAGUGAAGCAUCUGCCAAGAGGUCUGAAACAGUUGCAGGUCAAUCAACAGAGGAACAGAAUGCAGAAGAGCCGAGAGGCAGUCGAUGGAAGGGUAAAAUGCCAGAACGCGGUGCGGAAUAGGGUAGUUCAUCCUUUGGUCAUUAAUUUUUUCAUCCCCCAAACUCUUCAACGCAGAGUAUCAAGUCUUUUCAAUGACAAAAAAAAUUAUGCUAUUCACAAUGCUUGCUCCUACCUGCAAAUGGGUGCGUUCAUAACAGUAAAACCAAUAACAUCAUUAGUUGCACAGCCAGAGCUUUGUUACAUUGAAAAACUUUAUGGUACAAGGCAGGAGCCGAUACAAGUCAGUUUGUUAUGCUAUCGACCGUUAUCCGAACUACCCUAAAUCAUAAGGGGCGGAUCAUCUUGAAACUGUAAUCGAUACAAUGCUUUUAAUAAAUAACCG